AGAGAAGACUUUGAAAUCCACAGCAAAGCAUCCGUGAAUUCUCUCUCUCUCAUUAUAGUUUAUACACUACUCUCCUCAGUGGAUAACGAGAAAGGUUUUAGAGAGAGAAUCAUGAGGGAUUCGGGUCAGGAUCUGUUCGACCCGACCGCCGCCGUCAUGGACUCCGCCUACACCUCCUCCCCCAGCGCCAGCCGCGACCCCGAUUUCGGAUUCGCCUUCAACGACAGCAACUUCUCCGACCGAGUUCUCCGAAUCGAGAUUCUCGCUGAUUCCGCCGAGGACGAUGGCUGCAAAACCCUAGCUGAUUGGGCGCUGCGCAAGAGCAAGCGCCGACGCGGCGAUGCGACCAAGAAGGAAAGUGACAUGUACCACUCGUUUGCAGCUUUGGAUAUCAACAAUUGUCCUGAAGAGCAGAUUUUAGACUGUCAGCCAGAAGCUGAAGAUGGCGUGGGUGACGAGAAUCAUGAUGAGGAAGAGAUUCCGAUGAUAGAAGAUAAUCUAUCAGGCGAUGAAGCUGUUCAAAGUGAUGAUUCAAAUUGGUCUGAAGAUGGUUCAAAAGUAAUUAGAGUGAAAACUUUGCAUAUUAGCUCUCCCAUCUUAGCAGCCAAGAGUCCAUUUUUCUAUAAGUUGUUCUCAAAUGGUAUGAUGGAAUCAGAACAGAGACAUGUCACCCUAAGAAUUAAUGCCUCAGAAGAAGCUGCACUUAUGGAACUCCUAAAUUUUAUGUAUAGCAACAAGUUAAGCACCAAUACAGCUCCUGCUUUAUUAGACGUGCUAAUGGCUGCUGAUAAGUUUGAGGUUGCUUCAUGUAUGAGACAUUGUAGUCGUUCACUGAGAACAUUGCCCAUGACUCCAGAGUCUGCGUUACUGUAUCUGGAUCUUCCUUCUAGUGUCCUUAUGGCUGAUGCAGUUCAACCACUGACUGAUGCAGCAAAACAAUUCUUAGCUGCACGCUACAAAGAUAUAUCAAAGUUCCAAGAUGAGGUUAUGAAUUUGCCUCUUGCUGGAAUCGAAGCAAUCCUGUCAAGCGAUGAUCUUCAGGUGGCUUCAGAGGAUGCAGUUUACGACUUUGCACUAAAGUGGACCAGGACUCACUAUCAAAAGCUGGAGGAGCGGCGUGAUAUCCUCUGCACCCGGUUGGGUCGCUUUAUCCGUUUCCCUUACAUGAAUUCCCGGAAGCUUAGGAAAGUUCUGACCUGCAAUGACUUCGAUCAAGAUUUUGCUACUAAAGUUGUGCUUGAUGCCCUAUUUUUCAAGGCAGAGGCCCCACAUCGUCAGAGAAUGCAUGCCAUAGAGGAGUCAUCAUCCUCUAGCCGCCGGUUUGUGGAGCGAUCUUACAAAUACAGGCCGGUCAAGGUUGUUGGGUUUGAACACCCGCGCCAACAGUGCGUAGUCUACUUAGAUCUUAAGCGGGAAGAGUGUGCUGGUCUGUUCCCAUCAGGGCGGGUGUAUUCUCAAGCGUUCCACCUGGGCGGGCAAGGCUUCUUCCUAUCUGCGCAUUGCAACAUGGAUCAAGGGAGCUCGUUUCACUGCUUCGGCCUGUUCCUCGGGAUGCAAGAAAAGGGCUCCGUCUCAUUCGCUGUUGAUUAUGAAUUCGCUGCCAGAUCCAAACCCACAGAAGAAUACAUCAGCAAAUACAAGGGUAACUACACAUUCACCGGCGGGAAGGCAGUUGGAUAUCGCAACCUGUUCAGCAUUCCGUGGACUUCAUUCAUGGCCGACGACAGUCUCUAUUUCAUCAACGACAUGCUCCAUCUCCGAGCCGAGCUCACCAUCAAACGCGACGUCGCCGCACCGUAGAGAAGGGCGGAAAGAGAGAGAGAGCUCUUGAAAUCCCUUUCCUUUCAGCUCCAAGAGAGAUGAUUUAUAAUUAAGUAAAAUGUUGCAAUUACUUUGAAGAGUCAGGCUGUAUACUUUUGUGUGAUAUACAUAGAGAUGUUGUUGUGAUGCUGAAUGCUGUAAAUAGGGUUGUUUGUUUCUGACAGGCCUUACCCUUUUUGAAGAGCUCUAAUUUGCUUCAAUAGAUUUGGGUGAAAUUAUGCAUCA